AUGUCCGACACAAACUCUCCCAAGUCUGGCUACAUCCGCCUCGGCACUGCCUCUCCUGCACCACAUCCCACUGAUACGCAGCAAACCCUUCGCCAGCUGGAACAAAUAGCGAAGCGUGCAGCCGCACAGCAUAUUGACAUCCUCGUUUUACCCGAGGCCUAUCUUGGCGGUUAUCCCCGGGGCGAGGGCUUUGGGGCUGUGGUUGGCUCACGCUCUGGCGAAGGGCGCCAGGCCUUUCUUGAGUACUUCAAGGCAUCCGUUGACUUGGGUGACAUCGUUGGCGUUGCGGGCGCUGGAGGACAGGAGAAAUGGGUCAAGAGGGAGCUACCCGAGCUUGCUGAUGCUGCUGCUGGGGCCGGUGCAACGAGGGGUGACGGAACUCGCGAAGAGUUGGAGCGUAUCAGCCAAGAGACUAACGUCUUUAUCGUGGUUGGCCUCGUCGAGCGUGCUGGUGGAAGCCUGUACUGCUCGGUAGUGUACGUCGAGCCAUCUCGGGGCGUCAUUGGAAAGCGCCGUAAGGUUUUGCCAACUGGCUCAGAGCGACUGAUCUGGUCUCAGGGUUCUGCCGCAACCCUCCGUGCUGUGAGCACAACUAUCCGUGGUGUUCGCAUCAAUCUUGCCGCGGCCAUUUGCUGGGAGAACUAUAUGCCGCUUGUGCGUCAGGCCAUCUACGCGCAGAAUGUCAACCUCUAUCUUGCACCGACUGCAGAUGCCAGGGAUGCAUGGCUUAGUCUGAUGAGGACCGUUGGAAACGAAGGCAGAUGCUUUGUGGUAAGCUCCAACCUAGCAGUGCCUCCACUCGAAGAGAAGGGGGCAUGGGUCUGCCGUGGUGGCAGCAGUAUCGUGAAUCCUCAGGGUGAAGUUUUGGCCGGCCCACAAUGGGAGGAUGCCGAGAACCUUAUUUGGUCGGAUGUAGACUUUGAGGACUGUGUUAGAGGUCGUCUUGAUAUCGACGUCGCCGGAAGCUACUCUCGAAACGAUGCUUUCCAGUUGUCUGUCCAGGGACUUGACCUCACGCCACUCCCAUACUACUAA